AUGGAGGAGAAGGACGAAGAGGACGAAGACGAAGAUGACGAUGACGAAGACGUCUCGUACGGAGACAGCGGAAACGAUGUCGAUGAGGAGGCCGAGGAAGGGGAGGAAGGGGAGGAGGGCGUAGAGCCGGCCGCCACCACCAACUCACCACCGCCGGAAACUACGACCAACACCUCUCCUCACGGUACGGAGGUUUCUCAAGAGGCAACACCACCCGGGGAGCCUGAUCGCCACCGGACCACUGCUGCGGACGCCAAAGUGGAACUUUGA